GUCUCUAAGUAAACACACUCACAUUCACCCCAUUCCACAGUCUCCACACAUUCUACUCUAAAUUAACCCAAAACUUCCGUAUAACCCCAAAAUUAUCUUCUCUCUAACAAAAAAAAAUGACAAUUUUUCUUUUCUCCAUUUUCUCUCUCCUCUUUUCCCUCCUCCAUAACUCACUUCCAGUACACUCAUUUCCAACCUCUUCGAAACUAGAGGAAAGAACCUUCAUCAUUAGUGUUAAUCACAAUGCUAAACCAUCUAUUUUCCUUACCCACUAUCACUGGUAUCAAUCCUCCUUGAACUCCCUUACCUCCAACCCCCCUUCCAAACAAGUCCUUCAUACGUAUGAUACUGUUUUCCAUGGCUUCUCCGCUCACCUUACGAAUUAUGAAGCUAACCUUCUGUCCAAACAAUCUCACAUUCUUUCACUUAUUCCUGAACAAGUCCGGUCUCUCCAUACUACCCGCUCGCCUCUCUUCCUCGGUCUCGAAACGACAUCGUUGAACACCUCCUCGCUACUCGAAGAAUCCGAUUUCGGAUCGGACCUUGUUAUUGGUGUCAUCGAUACCGGUAUAUGGCCCGAACACCAGAGCUUUAAUGACCGUAAUCUUAACGCUAUUCCUUCAAAAUGGCGUGGUUCUUGCCCUAGUGAUUUUCCUUGUAAUAGAAAGAUUGUUGGGGCUAAGUUAUUCUCAGAGGGGUAUGAAGCUACCAAUGGUAGAAUGAAUGCCUCGUCGGAGUUCCGUUCCCCGCGGGACUCGGAUGGGCAUGGGACUCACACUGCCUCUAUCGCCGCCGGUAGGUACGUCUUUCCGGCAGACACUUUAGGUUAUGCUAAAGGGGUGGCCGCGGGGAUGGCUCCCAAGGCGAGGUUGGCAGUGUACAAAGUAUGCUGGACUUCAGGGUGUUAUGACUCUGACAUUCUAAAAGCAUUUGAUGAAGCUGUCAAAGAUGGAGUAGAUGUUAUCUCUUUGUCGGUUGGAGGUGUAGUUGUGCCAUAUUAUCUAGAUUCUAUUGCAAUCGCUGCUUUUAGGGCUGUUCAAAACGGGGUUUUCGUGUCGGCGUCGGCCGGAAAUGGUGGGCCCGGGGGCUCUUCAGUGACGAAUGUAGCACCUUGGGUGACUACAGUUGGUGCAGGUUCAAUUGAUAGGGAUUUUCCUGCUGAGGUAGUGUUAGGAAAUGGAAGGAGGAUUCCUGGGGUGAGUGUUUAUAGCGGACCCGGGCUUGAGCCCGGAAAGUUGUACCCGUUAGUGUAUGCGGGUAACAGGGAGAGUGGUGAUGGUGGCGGCGGUGGGGAGGGAUAUUCUGCUUCGUUGUGUUUGGAUGGUUCGUUGGAUCCGAUUUUGGUGAGAGGGAAGAUAGUGUUGUGUGAUAGAGGGAUUAAUUCUAGAGUUGCUAAAGGAGAGGUGGUGAAAGAAGCUGGUGGAAUUGGUAUGAUUAUUGCUAAUGCUGUGUUUGAUGGUGAAGGGUUGGUGGCUGACUGCCACGUGGUACCCGCAACCUCCGUCGGCUCCGCCAAUGGGGAUAUAAUCCGAAAAUACAUUUCAAAUAAAUCUAAGAAAUUAUCUACGCCGACAGCGACAAUCGUGUUCCGAGGGACACGUAUCGGAAUCCGACCCGCUCCGGUAGUGGCCGCAUUCUCUGCUCGUGGUCCUAACCCGGAAACUCCUGAGAUACUCAAGCCGGACUUAAUUGCCCCGGGCUUGAAUAUCUUAGCCUCAUGGACCGAACGGGUUGGCCCGUCGGGCUUAAUCACAGACCGACGGAAGGCGAAGUUUAAUAUAUUGUCAGGGACAUCAAUGGCUUGUCCACACGUAUCGGGCCUCGCAGCGUUGCUAAAAGCAGCUCAUCCCGAUUGGAGCCCGGCUGCCGUACGGUCCGCCUUGAUGACGACGGCAUACACUCUCGACAACCAGGGAGGCAUCAUGAAAGACGAGUCGACCGGAAACGAGUCCACGGUAAUGGAUAUCGGGGCAGGUCAUGUCCACCCACAAAAGGCAAUGGACCCGGGUUUAAUCUAUGACCUUACAACCUAUGACUACAUAGAUUUCCUUUGCAACUCCAAUUACACAACCAGCAACAUAGAACUCAUAGCCCCAAAAAAGGCCAAUUGCCGUGGCGCGAAACGGGCGGGUCAUGUGGGUAACUUAAAUUACCCUUCAUUAUCAUACGUUUUCGUACAAUAUGGAAAACAUAAGAUGUCUAGUCAUUCAAUAAGGAUCGCCACUAAUGUCGGCGACCCAGACUCGGUUUAUCGUGUCAAAAUCAUCCCACCAACAGGCACAAACGUGACAGUAGAACCCGAACAGCUCAGUUUCAGACGCGUGGGUCAGAAACUGAACUUCUUGGUUCGGGUUCAAGUGGAGGCGAUGAAACUAUCAGCAGGAUCAUCUAGCACAAUAAGUGGUGCAAUAAUAUGGUCUGAUGGUAAACACAGUGUGACAAGUCCAAUAGUUGUAACAAUGCAGGAGCCACUUUAGGUAUAUAUGUACCAUUUCUAGUUGAGUAUUUAUUUUUUGGUCUCAGAAAGUCAGAAUCAUAGAAGUUUGAUGUAUAAAAAAAAAAUGGGAGUUUCAAGUGUAAGUGUGAGUGUGAGUAUAAUUAUGAGAAUCUCUGCAGGGUGUUUUCCACUUCAGAAAACAAGUGAAUGAAGAGGAGUUUCUAUCUGUAUCUUGGUUGUUGUAACUUGUAACAGAAUCUAGAAUUAUAACAAUAAUUAUUUACUACUCCGUAUGGAGUAUAUGGAGUAGUAUUUUUAUUA